AUGCCGGAGCCUCCGACCUAUUGUUGGCAUACAACAUCAGGGCUGGAACCAGAGCCAACCCUUGUCACUCUCCUUGAGGCUAUCACAGCCCUCUCAGCCACAGUUGGGUCCCUGCAGGACCAAAUCAAAUCCCACAACAAACAAAUCACACGACUCCUUGCCAUAUGUAGGGAGACCAACAACUUGGUCAGCAAUGGGGAUCAAAAAGGAACCCAAGGCAAGCCUGGCCCACCAACUGGGCCUAUCACUCCCCCCACUCAUACAGGGGGAGAAGCCAACACUCCAGGCACAAUUAGGCUGGGGCUCAGGGAUCCCUUCCACCCAAUUAGAAGCACAGUUGGUUACAACUCAGAGGAAGAACACCCCAGGGAGGAAAGGCCAAGAAAGAUCAAAAAGGAGCCUUGCGGAUUGACUGGGGAUCUAAGGGCCCUCACCCCAGUCAGUUCAGGAGCAGACACCAAGUGCCCCAAGAUGGAACUGCCAGACCCCUUCAAAGGGGACAUAAGGGGACAAAAAGCAGUACAAUGGCUUGAUUGGAUGUUGUUAUGGGGUGCCCUCCACUGGGACCAAUUUGAAGAAGACAAACAAAUGAUUGUCUGGAUCCUCUACCACCUGGAGGACAAAGCUGCCAAUUGGUCUCUACCCAUCAUUGCAACCAUCAUCAAGGGCAAGGCCAAUGCCCCUACCAUCAUACCCUCCAUGACAGCCUGCUUCAAGGAGGCUUUUGAGGACCCAGAUGCCAAACAAGCCACUGCACAAAAAAUAGCCACCCUCACCCAGACUGCCUCCACAGCAGAAUAUGUAACCAAGUUCCAUAACCUCAUUGCAGAACUAGACUGGAACAAGGAGACUUAUAUAGCCCAAUUCACACACAGUCUUCAUUGGAAGGUCAAAGAGCUCCUGUUGUAG